CAACAGCUGAGGACACAAGCCGCUCUGUCCACAGCGCUCCGCUGUCCUCCAGAGACUGCACCGCCCGUGCGCUGAAACCAGGCGGCAAUCGACACCGCACUAAAUACUAACAAGGCUACUGGCAGAGCUGCGAUGCUGCGGCCCUUGCUCCUGCUGCCGCUGCUGCUGUCAGUGAUAAAGGACGCGGCGGGGCUGCGGUCUGCGGACGCCUGCCGCCCGACGUGCUCGCAGGUCCUUCCGCGGUUGCCGGAGGUGCGCCGCUGGUGCUCGACCUUUUUCCGCCAGCCCGCCCCCGAAACGGUGCUGGCGUGCGGCGCGGCCUUCAGUGACGCUCAGCCGCCGAGCGAGCGCGACGCCACGCUGGUCGCGACGUCGCCCGACUACGAGGCCCUCUCGGGCCGCAACACCAGCUGGACCGUGUGCAUCAGCUACCACAUCCUCAGCUACGCGCACUUCGGCGCCGUCUGGGAGGCGUCUGCAAAUCCCUGCCGGGAGCGGUACGCCGUGUGGCUCGUCACACACAAUCCCCCGCCCUGCUGGCACCACAACACGUCGGAAAGUCUUAGAGGCCAGACGAUCAAUCAAGAGACAGCUAUGUCGUUGAAGCAGAAUCGCACAUAUCAAUGUAGACACUGCAGCUUCACCAGCCACUCCGACUCAGACUUCACAGGAGAAAAUUACACAUACGUAAUAACCAAUGACAAAAUCCCCACGCUGUUUCGCUACUGGUCUUGCAAUGAAAAUAGUCGUCAACCCUACCCAACAUUAAGAGUCGUGGACAGCUUUAUGUUCACAUGCGAAGGCUGUCGCUGGUGGAUUAAUAUUGCCGAAGAAAACCCUUACGAGUUCAGAGGUUGCGAGACAGAAACAGAAGAUGCAUAUACACCGACAGCUGUAGAACAUGCAGAAGGAUUACGUAGCAUAUGCAAAACUACGAUGGCUCCAACAACGUUGCCACCUACGGAGGAAACAACUACCUCAUUGUUGGACAGCCAGACUACAAGUACUGAAGCCACCAACACGAUUCGUGAUAGAGUUGAGGAGGCGCUGGAACAACUAGAGCCAAAAACUAUCGAGGACGGCGCUCUGAAGAACAAGAACAGAACCCUAGAUCCGGACCAGAUGCUCACGAACCUGGACACCAUUAUAAACUUCUCGAAUAAUCUGACACAAAAUAAUGAGGACUACUCGGUGGAGUGGAUGCUGGCGCGGUCCGGCUCCGUGGGGGUGGUGCUGCCGGAGGAGACAGGCGUGUCUGCCGCAGCUAUUGCCAUCACCGUUCUUCGGCACGACUUGCUUAACACCAGUUUCCUCGAUGAGGGGCUCCACGUUAACAGCGACGUCAUCAGCGUACAGGUGGAGACUUGGAACUCUUCGUUACCCGCAAAAUACGUAGAUGUCUUUCUGAAGCCUCGAGUACGUGGCGUGCGGCGGCGAUGCGGCAUCUGGAACUUGACGACGAACGCCUGGGACUUCGGCAGCUGUACACUGUACCGUCGUGGCCAGGUGAUCGACGUGUGCCGGUGCUGGCACCUGACACACUUCGCGCAGCUGGUGACAGACACCGACCUGCAGUGGGGCGACCACGCCGGUGUGCUAGAGCUGAUCUCCCUGGCCGGCGUCUUCGCGUCCCUGCUGGGCACUGUUGGACUCGGAGUAGCAGCUGCACUAGACCACAAGUGGCGCCGCAAACCAGGGACGCGCGUGCUGCUGCAGCUGGGCAGCGCGGUGGCGGCGCGGGACCUGCUGCUGGCGGUGGCCGCCGUCGACGCGUUUCGGCCGUCGUGGCUGUGGCGUCCUGAGGACCCAGACGCGUGCCGCUGGCUGGGCGUGGCGCUGCACUACGCGCUGCUCGCCGCCGCCGCCUGGACCACGGCGGCCGCCGUGCUGCAGCUGCUCAGACUCGGCACCAUCAUCGGCGCUCAGGCGCUGUUCCCACACGUGGUGCUGGUGAGCUCGGCGUGUUCGUGGCUGUCGCCGCUGGUGCCGGUGGGGGCGCUGGUGGCGACGUCAGGGCUGGAGGCGGGCUACCCGCUGCGACAGGACAGCGCCACGGAGUUCCUGUGCUACCCGCAGGGCGUCGCCCUCUACACCACCGUCGUCUUCCCAGUGGCGCUCUGCACGGCCGCCAACGCCGCCAUCUUCCUCUACUUGCUGCUGGUUGUCCUCUUCCCUGUACGCCAGGACGAGGUUGACCUAGGAAUCCGACAACACAGCACGGUCAGCCUGAGACGUCGUGCGCUGACGUCUGUGGUGCUGUUCUUCCUGCUGGGGCUGCCCUGGUUGCUGGGACCGCCAGCCAGGUUGCUUGUGCUCGCCUACCUCUUCUGCAUCAUCGCCACGCCGCAAGGGAUGGCGCUGUUCGUGUUCUUCGUGGUGUGCAACGGACGCCUCCGCAAGAGCAUCUGCGCGACCAUUUCCUGCGCGGCCUUCAGCAGCUUCAGCAGCAGCACGGGAACUGGAUACAGCCGCUCCCCGCAUGCCAGCAGCAACACGCGCAUCAACAACUCCGUGUCUGACAUCCCACCGGUGCGAAAUCGACGGAACGUAGGGAUGCGGGACGAGUUAGAGCUCUCUGACACGGAAGGCGGGCUCUACACGAGGAAACACGCUGGAAGAUACUCGUGAAAACAAACACCCCUUUACAUAAGAGGUGGCCAUUAACCUUACCUUUGGCAGCCUAAAACUUAAGAAACUGUUCAAAGUGAACCGUAUUGUAUCUGCAAACUAACAGGAACAUUUUUCUUUCAGUUACAGUCAUAAACAUCUUUAUUGUUUCUAUUAAAUGUCUAGCACCGGAUAUCUCAUCAACAUUGUAUCUGCAAACUAAUAGGAACAUUUUUAUUUCAAUUACAGUCAUAAACAUCUUUAUUGUUUCUAUUAAAUGUCUAGCACCAGAUAUCUCAUCAACAAUUUUCUGCGUAUUUGUUUUGGCCUAAAACAGAAACAACUUGUGCAAUAUUCUGUUUUAUAAAGCCCCAUUUGUAUACGACUUCUUCGCUUUUGCAAUAGGAAAAACCAAGUUAUAGCCAGCUUCGGUUUCGGCCAGGUUCUAUAAACCUAGUCAAAACUGUAUUCUGAUCAUGAAGUUUUUCUUUAA